UCCACCUUGGUCUCCAGUGUCUCCACCGUGAGCCAGUCCAUCAUGGUGUCAGAGUCCCCACAAGUCAUGGUCCACUCCAGCGUCAUCACCGACGGAGCCACGAUCGUGUCAGACUCCACCGCGUCCACCUCCUCCGACCUGGGUUCUGCCAUCGACAAAAUCAUCGAGUCCACGAUCGGGCCCGACAUCAUCCAGAGCUGCAUCGCCGUGACCAGCGCGGAGGAUGGCGGGGCAGAGACUACGCAGUACCUCAUUCUGCAGGGCCCCGAUGACGGUGCCCCCAUGGUGUCCCAGAUGGCCACUUCUGCUCUGGCCAAUAGCUUGGCGAUAGAAGCUGUUGCUGAUGGGCCGACCUCCACGUGCCUUGACCAGCCUGGCCCUUCGGACCCUUCCGAGCGGCUGGAAGUGCUGGAGCUGCACGCGCAGCCGGAUCAGGCCCAGGAGGCGGAUGGUGGGGAGGAGCUGGACCAGCCGGACAUGGAGACCCUGGAGGAGAUGAUGGAGGUGGUGGUGGUGCAGCAGUUCAAGUGCAAGAUGUGUCAGUACAAGAGUGUCUCCAAGAAAACGCUCAUUAACCACAUGAAGGAGCGGCACUUCCAGCCAGUGGGCUCAGCUCUGGCUUUGAAAAAAGGACGUCCACGGAAGGGGGGAUCCGCUCCAAAGACUGCGGAGGAGGAGGUCCCAGAAGAAGAAGAAGAUGACGAUAUCAUGGAUGCCGGUGCUAUCGAUGACCCUGAAGAGGACAGUGACUAUAAUCCAGCUGAGGAUGAGCCCCGUGGGCGCCAGCCCAAGUACAGCCGCACUGUCCCCACGUCCAGCGAGACAAGGCCACGUCGACGGCCGGGGAGACCCCGCAAGUUUCCUCGUCUGGAGGACACGGCCCAGGACGUGCCUGAAGGAGGGGAGGUGGAGCCCUUGGUGACGUCCCAAAGCACGCCGAGCUGUGAGCUGCAGAACUCGGAAGCCGCCAGUUCCUCUGGCCUGGGGAACGGGAGCAGCGAGAGCCUGGUGGAGCCCAGCAUCAGCCAGUCCGACUCGGAGAACAAGGACCCUUCCUCCAACACCGGCCCCGAGGAGUCAGACGUCCUUCCCAGGAGGCGAGGGCGGCCCUCCCGCCGCUUCCUGGGCAAGAAAUACCGCAAGUACAUGGGGCGCAGGUACUACUACAAGUCGCCCAAGCCCCUGAUGAGGCCGUUCCUGUGUCGGAUCUGCGGCUCGCGUUUCCUGACGCACGACGACCUGCGUUUCCACGUCAACUCACACGAGGCCAACGACCCGCAGCUCUUCAAGUGUCUGCAGUGCAGCUACCGCUCCCGGCGCUGGUCCUCCCUCAAGGAACACAUGUUCAACCACGUGGGCAGCAAGCCCUACAAGUGCGAGGAGUGCAAUUACACCAGCGUGUACAAGAAGGACGUCAUCCGGCACUCCACGGUGCACAGCCGGGACAGGAAAAAGAGAGCUGAUCCGCCCCCAAAGCUGAACUCCUUCCCGUGCCCCGUAUGCAACCGUAUCUACCCCAUGCAGAAGAGGCUUACUCAGCACAUGAAGACACACAGCACGGAGAAACCACACAUGUGUGACAAGUGCGGGAAGUCCUUCAAGAAGCGCUACACCUUCAAGAUGCACCUGCUGACGCACAUCCAGGCCAUCGCCAACCGCAGGUUCAAGUGCGAGUUCU